AUAUUAAGCCGGCCAACGUAUUCAUCACAGCUACAGGAGUAGUGAAACUAGGAGACUUGGGACUGGGCCGAUUUUUCAGCUCCAAAACAACCGCCGCUCACUCGCUAGUGGGUACUCCUUACUACAUGUCACCGGAGAGGAUACAUGAAAACGGAUACAACUUCAAAUCUGACAUCUGGUCGCUAGGAUGCCUGCUCUACGAGGAGAGCUUGAGAGAAACCUGGUGCUGGACAACAUAGACGUGGUGGACAACAUAGACGUUGAGGACGUGGUGGACAACAUAGACGUGGAUGACGUGGUGGACAACAUAGACGUGGAGGACGUGGUAGACAACAUAGACGUGGUGGAGAACGUGGUGGACAACAUAGACGUGGUGGAGAACGUGGUGGACAACAUAGACGUGGUGGAGAACGUGGUGGACAACAUAGACGUGGUGGAGGACGUGGUAGACAACAUAGACGUGGUGGAGAACGUGGUGGACAACAUAGACGUGGUGGAGAACGUGGUGGACAACAUAGACGUGGUGGAGAACGUGGUGGACAACAUAGACGUGGUGGAGAACGUGGUGGACAACAUAGACGUGGAGGACGUGGUAGACAACAUAGACGUGGAGGACGUGGUAGACAACAUAGACGUGGUGGACGUGGUAGACAACAUAGACGUGGUGGAGAACGUGGUGGACAACAUAGACGUGGUGGAGAACGUGGUGGACAACAUAGACGUGGAGGACGUGGUAGACAACAUAGACGUGGAGGACGUGGUGGACAACAUAGACGUGGUGGAGGACGUGGUAGACAACAUAGACGUGGUGGAGAACGUGGUGGACAACAUAGACGUGGUGGAGAACGUGGUGGACGACAUAGACGUGGAGGACGGUGGUAGACAACAAAGACGUGGUGGAGGACGUGGUGGACAACAUAGACAUAGACAAGUGUUAGUCAGUGUUAAAUACACUGCAAGGCCCCAUCCAGACCUUUUACACGGACAGGGAGGCCGGCUUUGCUCUUGCAUGCCGAGGCCGGGCAGAACUCAACCUGGCCAGCUGAGGAACAAAGGAGGAAGGAAGGGUGUGUGUGUUUUUAUGUAUGUGUAUGUUCUGCCACCAGCAGCUCACACCCCUUAGACAGACAGCAGGCAUGCGUGUGCAUUGUAUGUUUCUCGAAUAUCAAUGAACCGUGUACACACACACACACACACACACACACACACACACACACACACACACACACAGUCUUAUACUCACCAGGACCCAGAGGUCAGAGAGUGAGUCAAUCAUCUAACCCAAUGCGACGACACAGUCUGAUAAAGUGUGCGUGUGUGUGUGUGUGCGUGUGUGCUGAGAGCAGGGGGCCGGCAGCUGUCAGGGGCCCGGAGCAGCAGGCACUAAUGAAGCAGAUGAAUAGUGCAAAAACUCCCAAAUACAAACAGGACAGUUGACAUUUUUCAUCUGUCAAAAGCAGAAGAUGCAUGAAAAUCCGACGGGGUCUUGUUUAACCCGUCGCCUGCUGGUGUCUGCAGCUGGUGGGUUUUCUGCCGCUUUCUCUUUUGCUUUCUCACUUAUAUCUUCUUUUCCUGCUUACUGAGAAACGUGUUGUUUUGGAAAGGACUAUGUAUCCCUUGCACACAAACCCACAGAUGUCCACACGACCCGCUGUACACCACUAAAAGUUUUGAAUACAUUUCUUAUGAAGCAAUUAAGAGUGUUUCCAACUCGUUGAAGGGAACUUUUACUGGCAGUAGUCAGCAUUCUCUGUUUGAAGAGUAGGGAUGAGUAUCAUUUGCAUUUUUUAUAUUAUUAUUUUUUUUAAAAAGCAAAUGAUUGAUGAAAUUAAAGAAAGGGUUUUUUUUUAAAUCGCCAAAGCUAAAAAAAAAAUCUUCAAAUUGAACAAGAAAUUAACUGUUUACAUUAUAAUUACAGUGUUUCCCCGUGUAAAAGCCAAAAGGGUGUAUAUGGGUUCAUAUGGGCGGAAACUUUCAGAUUUUAAUAACUGAGGGAAACGCUGACUUAAAUGAAUAUGAAUGGAAGGCCGAUGGCGAGCUAGCUACUGUAGCUGCACACACGGUACGCUAUCGUUAGCGGUUGCGGUGACGGCAUCAUCAAAGUAGUGUAAAUAAAGUUUUUCAAUCGGCUCAGGCACUGGAAUCUGCGUUCCUGUACGGUAGGUACCGGACGUACAGGAACCGGCACCAGUUCUCAGUACCCAACCCUAUUAAAGAGGGGAACUUAACUCUGAUCCACAACUUUUUGUGAGAAAGCCAGCGUAGCUCCAUUGCCACUGCGCCUUAGUAUUUUAUAGAGGUCAGUUGGUUUGCUUGUUGGAAAGUGAUUAUUAAAAAAUUAAAAGUUCCCUGACCUCAGUGGACGAUGCCAAUCAUCAACUGCAAAUUAGCUGGUGAUUUGAAAUUAAAAAAAAGUAAAAAUUCCAAGUGUCUUGUUGAUUGUUAUUGUUAUUUGAACUGAAUAUUGUUUUAUGUGGGAAGAUCACAAACUGAAACCUAACAAAACAAACGGUGGACUGAUCAUUUGAAUGUGUUGCAAAAUCAAUUGUGAAAUGUUAGGUCACACAUAUGGCGCUUUGUUGCUACUCAAAGUGCAUCAUUGCUGACACACACAGGAAUACGUUUUUCCUCACACAUCUCUUCUGUCAGCCGCCUGCUGAGCCGGCCUCCGUUGUAAUUGUGGGAGCGGAGGGAGAGGGGCGUCCGAGGGGGGAGAGAGAGAGAUCCUCUCCACUCGCUAUUGGCACGUGUGUUUCCGAGGAUCUACUGUCUUUAUGCGAGUGUUUGAUUAAGAGGGCGGAUUGAUGUGUGAUGGUGAAUCCCGUCCAGAGGAGAGACGGCCCGCUGAGAUUCUGCUGCCGUCAUCUUGACUCCUCACUGGAAGAUGUGACAGAGAUCCUGUCAAACUCGGCCCAAUAGGGAAUAAGACGUUUUCUGUCUCCGCACCAUCAAUGUUUUACACAUCUUACAGUGAAGACUGAAAGGAAGAGGACGUUUACAAGUUGGGGAGUGACGUCCAAGGGUUUACACUGGUAGCCACGAGCACGUAAUCGUUUUUAUUUGAACUUAUUCAAGCCACAGCUUGUAGUGGUUCAAUGAGUCUUUGCUCUGGUUGCUGGUCAAAUGUUCAUAUAUCCAUGAAGCAGGUUAGACCGUCCCUGAUGAACACAAAUCCAGCGUCUGUCGUUCUACCUCCAUUUCCUUUCUGGUCUUAAUCUAAAAAAAAAACAACUAGAUAUGGAGUCUGUUCCCACUGACCUGCUGAAUGGAACAAUUCCACUUGGAUCCGAAUGUUGACAAACUGUCGUCACACUACCAAUUAACAGACUGUCAAACACAAAGCGUACCUCCUCUGAGAAUCAUGUGGGGACCCCGGGGGGAGUAAAGAUACUAAUGCGUUAAAAAAAAUAAUGCAUUUUUCUUUAUUUUGUCCUUUCUAUAACAAUUCCUGCCUUGUGUUUCAAUCACAAACACUAUAUGUGCUAUCAAUUAGCACACCCUAUGUUUAAAACAUGUCUCCAGAGUACGUUUAAGAACAUUUCUCUAAACCGUGUUUAAGUUUGAAAUGAAGGAAAGGCUCUACGUCCUGUUUCACGUUGGUCCUGAACACUGUUUUCACACUUAAUUCGACUGUGCAAACCUUUUGCAUAAAGUUCCCUUUUCUGCCCAUCAAUACUCAAUAUAUGUUAGUGAUACACUUACUGCAACCUCUUCCUAUUUAAUACUAUGUUAAUAAAUGAAAACAAAGUCAACGCGCUGCAACAGCUCCGAGCAGCUCAUCCUCAUCAACCCUGACAGCCAUGUUUAUUUAUUAUCAGCUGGGCUAUUUGGCCCAACACAAAAGCCUGACGCAGAAUGUAUUUUGAUGGCACCGAAUCAGAGAAACAAUCUGAAUGAGUGUUCUCGUUAUGCGAGCCGGCUGCUGGCUUCGCCCUGCGCGUGCACAUUUAAACAAUGUGAGUCAGUCACUAACCCUGCCGGAAACGGCAUACUUUACUUUCUAUUCUUAGACAGGCUGGAGGGGUUCACCUAUUUCCACCGCGCUAAAGUCUCUUCAUCCUCACCGCUCCCACCUGCCCCUCCUCUGCUCCGCUGGCGUGCGUUUGUUUUGCACAGGAUUUCCUUCUCUGUGCUCCAGCAAACGGGAAAAAAGAUCUCCUCUCAUAUGCCUGCACCCCUCUCCUCACUCUUUGCUCUUCUUUUUGGAACUUCGUGCCUCUUAAGUCUCGUAAUGUUGAUGUUGUUGUUGUUGUUGGUAGUGGUGAAGAGGUCAAGUGGAAAUGGUUGUAUCACAACUAGUUGUAA